AACAUGAGCAGAGACAAUCAAGGUCCACCAUACAAGCAACGUUUUAAAGGGUUAGAAAAUUUUCUGCGACGAGUAGCGUUCAAUUUAGGUAACACUCCAUCACAGACAGAAGUGAAAAUAAUUUCGUGCAUUCCAAUAGAUGUGACAGACUUACAGCAGAAGAUAAACUCUCUGGAGAGGGAGCUGCGCGAGGUGAAGGCCAGAGCGCCUAGCGCCAACAAUAGCAAGAACAACCGCGUCGCCGCCAUUGUUCAGACCGCGCUCGGGAAACCCAACAUGAUUCGUAACAAGUCGCGAGACAAGAAGGCCGAGUGCAAAGUGCCCGUCUCCAAUCACGCCUGCAACACUAAACCUAAGCGUGGCUUCAAACGGAAAAUUUCUAAAUUAUUCGUAAUGUCCUCAUAUUCUACGGAAGAUAACACCGAAAUAUGUAGAUUCGCCUAUUCCGAUUCGAACAUCGCCGAUAUACCUACUUCAACGUUUCCAACAAAAGUUUCCAAAAUAAGCAGCAAAAUCUUUCCGAAAAGGCUUCAGAAAGCCCUCAAGAAGAAACCCCGGAGGAAGACGCAACUGGUUUAUUUCACUCAGGCUUUGAACUCGCCUUUCAACAGCUACGACAAAACGUCUGACUUUAGCACGAUCAAUAGAAACCUCCUCUCCCGCGCCUACAUCAACAAGAUGAUCCGCAAGCAAUAUGAGCCGGAGCUGAUCGGCGACCGGCUCACCGACAUCAGCCAGUUCUCCUCGCCAGUGUGCCGCGACCCCACCCGCAGGGACCUAUCAUACACCUCUGACAUAUCAUGCUCCUACAGCAAAUACGAAAACCUCGACAGGACUUAUCCCAAACCAAAUCAUAUAAAUAUUGAUGUUACCAAUAACUUUACCAUCGACUCCGAGCCCGUUUCGGACCAUUCCCAUAAUGAUCGUAAUAAUUAUAACAGAUAUUAUAACUCCGAUGAUUAUGAUAUGUUCCCAGUAAGGGAGAAACCUAUUAAACAGAAGAAAGAAGAGGUUAUACCGAAGCAAAUGAAAAGGUGGAAUACUGAUUGCUGGCACGAAAACACCAAACUAAAUUUAAGUCCGUUAGUGCUCGCCAACGAUGGUACUCGCCGGGCAUACGAUGGCGCACGCGUUCCUUUUAAAACUCGUUACAAAAAUGGACAUGAAUUCACAAUCACCAAUAUUCAGAAGAAAAAAAAUCGAACUCAUACACAUCAAUCAACUAAUUCCAGUGAACCUAAAAUUUGUUCUAUAGAUUAUGGAGAUGUUUAUGUAAAACAAAAUCCCAGUCCCAAACCUCAACGUGUUAUUGCAGUAGAACCGACGUUUAAAAAUGCAGAAUGUGUGACUGAUAAUACUAAUAGCGCGGAAUGCCAGACGGUCGAAUCGAAAGGGGUCCAGCUUAAUAUUCCAGAUGAAAACAAGGCUGAAGUAGCACUAACUCAAAUUAAAACCAUAUUACAAUCCGUUUUAGCAGAAGUGAAGUCAAAUAUUAAGCAACACAAUGUCGUUUCCAGAGCUAAAAAAGAUGUCGUCGUUCAAAAAGAUAUGUCGCACAAUAACAUCACCUACGGGUCGACACUUCUCAACAAUUAUAACUACAACCCUUUGUACAACAUCAACCCUUGCUUAGCUACGUACCCGCGUCAUGUUCCUAACUUCUACUACGCUAAUAUACAAUCUCCUACGGUGAAAUGUAUGCAGAACUUCCCCCUAAUAUUUCCAAAUAUAAAACAUCACGAUUUCGAAUGCCAACAUAUAGACAACGUGAACGCGGAGUCGAAGCCUGUGCACUUGAAGCCGGCGAUCACGACGGCUACCAACACAGACGGCCCCGCCUACACCUCGCCGCCCAAGAGCGAGACCAUGAACUUGAUAAAAGAAAUAUACAAAUCCAUAGCACUAAACGUUAAUUAUUGUAGUAAAAACACAUCACAUAUAUCUAUCGACUACCCGAGGAAGAUUGAGCAAUCUGAACUGAACACUGUCACCACGAAGGAAAUGACGAUCUUAGAACAAAAUUCUGGUGAAGAAAAAGAAAAUCAGAUGGACAUACCCGCAAUGGUAAUGUCGUGCGGCAUCGAUGAGGAUCGUACUCACACCACCUCGACCAGCGAGGUACAAACAGAAGUGAGCAGUGAAUCAGAGGAAUUUGUCAACGAAGAAUCUUUACAAACCAUUAACGACGAAGAAGAAGAUAAACUAACAUCAGUGGCUCAGGAAUAUGAAGCUUUUGACAAAAGUGAGACGAAAAAUGAAAACGAAACGCGUUCGACCACUAUCGGCACUGAGCUCACACCGGCUGCCGAUACAGAAAUAGAAAAAAACGUAAAACCCGAAUUACUACAAAAAAUGUUUGAAACUGUUAAAAUGUUGAAAAAGAAGAGCUUGAGUAACAGAAUGUUGCCCAGCGGCCGAGGGACGGCCGACGACGCCAAGUCUUCGAGCUCGGACACGGACACGCAGACUGUAUACAGCUACAAAACGCACAGGGGGCGGAGACCUACAGGACAGAGUGCAGAAAGGCCCGGACAAGCUCUGAGACGAGAAUACUUGAAAGACAUCGUCGAAACGGACAGAGAGAGCGUCCUGAAGAUCCAGGAAAGUUCUAGAAGGCAAUCGCCCUAUAUGGAACAGGAGUACCGGCGCCACUGGGACGAGAAGCUGAUGUUCAACGUGAACAAAUCCCCGAUACAUUUCUCCGAGAAGUCGUACUCGGGCCGCGAGCCGGACGAGGCGCUGUUCUGGCGCGGCUACGAGGCCCGCAGCGCCAUGCUGAAGAAGCGGCUCUCUAAGACGUUCCGGGAGCAGUACCGCGCGCCGCUCUCUCCGCCAAGGGAGAGGAUGGGCCUCAAGCUCGAAUGGCUCAAGAAGCAGAAAUUAAAAUCUCCGGUUCCCGAAAACAGUUAA